UCUACUUCCGGGGCGCGGCCAGUCCGGGCCCCUGUGGCUUCCCAGGCCCCCACAUGGUUGCAACUGCGAGGUUGCGGAGAUGAGCGAGCCUCCGGAGGAUGUUCAGGCCUUCCUGCUAGAGCACCCGAGCCUGCAGUUGCAGCCCGGCACCUCCAAGGUAAGGUGUUCGCUGACGGGCCACGAGCUGCCCUGCCGCUUGUCGGAGCUCCAGGUCUACACUCGCGGCAAAAAGUACCAGCGGCUGGUCGGCGUCACCCCGGUCUUUGAUUACGACCAAUUCGAGCCGCACAUCGUGCCCAGCACCAAGAACCCGCACCAGCUGUUCUGCAAGCUCACCCUGCGGCACAUCAACAAGGCCCCAGCCCACGUGCUCAGGCAUGCCCAGGGCCGCAGGUAUCAGCGGGCUCUACAGAAAUAUACCGAGUGUCAGAAGCAGGGUGUAGAGUACGUGCCAGCCUGUCUCCUGCACAAGAGGAAGAGGAGGGAAGACCCGGCAGACAGUGAUGGGCCACCUCAUUCACGAGGAACCUUUUGGGAGCCCUCAUCCAGCGAUGACAGUGCAGCCCCAAGUGACAGUGAUGACAGCAUGACAGACCUGUACCCAUCUGAAUUGUUCACCACAAAGGACACGGAAGGGACUGAGGACAGCGCUGAUGAGUUCCUAACAGAUGAAGACAACAAAGGGUCCAGUGCCCCCCUAGAACGGGGCUCCGGGGACACUGAGGAGAAAGUAAAUGACCAGGAGCUGGUCCUCAAGCGCAAGAAGAAACAGCGGGGCCCACUGAAGAAGAAAUUCAAAGGUCAUCACCGCAAACCUAAGAGCUUCAGCAUAUUUAAACAGACAGGUUAAGAUUGCUGGAAAAGCCCAUUCAGGAGGACUUGUGAGACUCCCACAGGCAUUUCACUGGCUUCUGCUUCAAAGCCCCUGCUGGGUAUCCUCAGGCACAGAACUCUGUCUUCCACUACUCAUGUGCUGCCCCAGGGGGCAAGGCUGGAGGUCUGGUCCAUGAAUUUGCCCCCCCCCCACACUCCCACCCUCAGGAAGCAGCAGGGACCCAAGGAAAGUCUCUGGACGUGGCUUCUCAGAGGUCUUCAGCCAAACCUGAGGGUCCACCUGACUCAGCACACAUCCAAGGAGAGCCCAUCAGCCCGCCUGAGCACACUGCGUACAACAAAGGCCAUCAUUUAUUUUGAUGUGUUUCCAAAAAUCAAAAUGUUUUCAAACACAACUAAGAUAUAUAAAAUACAGCAUAAAAUGAGAUUUAUACCUAUUUCCCACAUUAAGCAAAAAAAAAAAAAAAUUUUUUUUAGUUUUUUUUUUUUUUUUUAAGAAAUUGUU